GGCGGCGGUUACGGCGGCCGGGAGGAUGCUGCGGGCGGCGGUGCGGGGGCUGAAGGGGCUGCGGGGCCCGGCGGGGCGGCGGCGGCGGAGCGGCGCGGGCAGCGCCGACGGCGGCCCCCGCGAGCCCCGCGCGCCCCGCAUCUACACGAAGACGGGGGACGCAGGCUUCUCCAGCACCUUCACGGGCGAGCGGAGGCCGAAGGGCGACCGGAUCUUCGAAGCCCUGGGAGCCACGGACGAACUGAGCUCGGCCAUCGGGCUUGCUGGUGAAUUCAGCAGUGAAAAGGGCCACACGUUUGUUGAACAGCUUCACAAAGUCCAGUGCAUGCUGCAGGACGUGGGCUCCAACAUCGCCACGCCGCUCUCCUCAGCCAGGGAGGCUCACCUGAAACGAACGUCCUUUGGCGAGGGGCCCGUGCUGGAGCUGGAGCGCUGGAUCGACGGUUACUGCGAGCAGCUGCCGCCGCUGCGGACCUUCAUCCUCCCGUCAGGAGGUAAGAGCAGUGCUGCUCUCCACUUCUCCCGAGCCGUGUGCCGCAGAGCUGAGAGGUGUGUGGUUCCUUUAGUACAAGCAGGGGAAGCAGAUCCAAACGUGGCCAAAUACUUAAACAGACUGAGUGACUACCUCUUUGUCUUGGCUCGUUAUGCUGCAAUGAAGGAAGGGAAGGAAGAGAAAAUAUACAUAAAGCCUGAACCAUAAAUGCACUGUUGGUUUCCUUGAGCAUGGGAAGCUGCAGCCAGCAGACUGCUUUCCUCCAACAAGGAACAGGCCUGGACUGGAAAUGUGAGCUGCCAAGAACUUGCAGCCUAGGUAAGCAGGACGUUGUUCAUAGAUGCUGUGAGGGGCACAGCUGUGCAGCCAGCCCUGUGUUACUGUCAGCCCCGGGCUGCAGCCAGCCACGAGGCUUCAGCAGGGCCUGUGCUGUGGAGAGGCUCAGACAGGACUCUGAGGAAUGAAGAAAGGAAAACAAUCAGCUUCUCUUUGCAAGUCCCAGCUGGGGUGCAGAACAGCAACUGUGCACAUCCAGGAACUCUGUCCACAAGCUUUGAAAUAAUAAACGUGAUUUACUUGUACCAAA